AUGAAGAUCCACGCAGGGGUACUACUCCUGAUGCUGCAGCUGUUUGAUGAGCUGCAGGCAGUCAUUUGGGUCGGCACCUGGAUCCUGACCUCUCGUCAGGAGGACUCUCACAUACCUGCACUGUUAAGGGUGCUGGCUUGGCUUGCUGCCUUGUCUGAGGUGAGGCGCCCUGGGGCUCUUAACCUUCUGAGUGAGGAGGCUGAAGCAUUGGGAAUGCCUAACAGAGAUCCAAGCAUUUGGGGUAGACUUGGAUGCUGCUGUCAGAUCUGUGUGAAUGAUGGGGCGUCUUCUCAAUGCAGCUAUCGAGAUGUUAUAAAGCAUCUGAACUUGACCAGAAACAAAGACCUUUCGACCAUGGUGCAGCCUCUCAAAGACUCUAGAAAUACCACAGUUAUUUACCUUGAUGUAAUGCUCUAUGCAAUUCUGGAUAUGAAAGAGAAGGAACAGCAGUUUGUUGGUUACUUUUGGGUUGAUAUGUCUUGGUUUGAUGAUUAUAUUUCAUGGGAUCCUGAUGAAUUCUGUAAUAUCACAGAAACUUAUGUUCCGACUAAAGCAGUGUGGACACCAGAUGUGACGAUUGAAGAGAUGACAGAGAAGGAUAAGGCUGCUCAGAGCCCGUAUCUUGCCAUUUUGUACGAUGGUAGAGUCUGGUUGAGGAAUGACAUGGUGGUUGUCAGCAGCUGCAGGAUAAGACCAAACAAAUUUCCCUUCGACACUCAGAAAUGCAACCUUUCCUUUAAGUCUGUCAUACACUCUGAUAAACACCUAAAGUUUGAGCAGAUCAGUUCCUCUAAAGACAUCAGUGAGUGGUCUCUUGAGAUGAUGAAGACCCAGUCAGAGUGGCUGUUCAAAAACAUGUCGUACUCGUACGACACUGUUGACAAUUUUGGUGUCAACCAAAGCAUGGUCAUCUACACUAUCACCAUGAGGAGACGCUCUGUCCUCUACAUUGUCAACUUCAUACUGCCCGUCCUGUUGUUCUUGUGUCUGGACUUGGCCUCCUUCCUGAUCUCAGACAGUGGAGGAGAGAAGCUCAGCUUCAAGGUCACUGUGCUGCUUGCUGUCACAGUGAUGCAGCUCCUUCUGAAUGAAAUCCUGCCAUCCUCUUCAAACAGGAUCCCACUCAUAGCGAUCUACUGUAUUGGGAUAUUUGGUUUGAUGUUGCUGAGCCUCCUGGAGACGAUCUUGGUGAUGUAUCUGAUGGAGAAGGAUUCUGCAUCCCAAGAGGGCAGGUCAGAUAAAGACCGAAGUCUGAGUGAGGACUGUGAGGACAAACCAUGUAAAGGCAAAUUCCAUAACUGUUUAAGAGAUAUGAAACUGAAAUCCUGUGUGUCUGCUUGGGGCAUGUCUUCAGGAGAAACAUCAUCUGAACUGCUGCAGGUUGCAAAAGAGGUCAGAAUUACAGCCAAACAUUUUUGCUUAUACAUUUCAUCUAAUCUGUAG